AACCGAUUUUCAGGUGAAGGCGACUGUUCCAGCGACGACGCGCCUGCUUUUGCCGCGUGCCGAUCGGCCGUCGUAAUCGCGGUAAAAUUCGACAAUUCCCGCGAGACCGGCCGAAGAAUUCCAGAGUCUAGCCUGCAAAUACCGUUUUUCCGCUGCGGUUACGGUCAG